AUGGCGACACUUCGAUCAUAUCUUGGUCCCAUAUCCAUUCCCACCCGCCCAAUAGACCGGUCAUCCAAAGCUGAUUUCAACGGGAUAGCCAAGGUCUCGACCCGAUCUCGAACAGGCUGCUUAACGUGCCGACGCCGUAAGAAAAAGUGCGACGAACGGCAGCCUAUAUGCAGCGGAUGCGACAGAAACCAGCUUGCCUGCGAGUGGGUUUCUAAUGAGCUGGUGCCUAGAACACGACGGUCACGUUGCCGUCGACAGUUUGCAGUGACCCAACUGCCACAUGAGGCACAGGCAAUGCUCAAUGUGUUUGCCGUCCCGAAGCCCGGGAUGGUGGAGCGACUAUUAUCACAUUUCAUAGAUCACAGCCCAAGGUGGUUAUCAACCAGAACUGGGACGCGCAGAUCAGAAUUUCUGAAAUAUCUGCUUCCAGCCGUGUCAGGAAACCUACAGGUUCAUAAUUGUGUUCUUAUGAUAGCCUCGGCUGAUCUGGCCAAAUAUUGCCGCGACGAUGUCGAAGUGCAAGCUGUAGCAGUAGAGUACUAUGGGAAGGCUGUUUCCGCUUUGCAGGGAUCGCUGAACGAGGAGCUGGCUACUAUGGCUGCAGACAAUCUACCAGGAUCCGGUGAUACGCGCAUAGUGCCUCAUCUGAACGCUGCCGCCGCGCUCCUGCUUCGUCGCCUGCAUUACACUCCCGAAGACCUGGCACUACGGGGUUUUUUGUUCGAAUUAUUUUGUUACUAUUUCUCCUUGGUGGCCUUUUCCCAUGGCUCCAAACUUUCACUUUGUCAAGCAUCCGCCAUCUUCAGCUCCCCCAUUGUCACGCAGUAUCUUCAACAAGGGAACGUCAUGGGCACCUCGCAACGUCUCUUCAAGUGCAUCUUUCAGAUAUCUAUGUUGGCGGAGAAGGUCCUCUCUGAGAGGCAGUUUCACGACUCACCGGCACGGAUGGAGCUUGCCCUGCUUGAGCAACAAUUGGUCACUUGGCAACUUGAGCUUCCAACUAGAAGAGACACGGAUAUCUCUUGGCUGAACGAUGCAAUCACAUCCGAACUCUACCGCGUGGCAUGUCUGAUAUAUAUCAAAAAGGUCCUAGAUACCGCCUUGUCAGACCACAGCCCACCUAUUCAGGCCCUUGUCCUGACGUUUGUCGAACAUUUGGGCCAUUUACCACCUGACGCACCAUCUAACAACAUCCUUUGCUGGCCUCUGGUUGUGGUGGGGCUCUCUGCUGUCGUGUGUGCCCACCAGCGGGCUAUCAGCACAAGGUUGGGACAAAUCUAUGACAUAUGGCGGUCUGACAUACUUUGUCAAAGUGCCGCGUUUCUGCGACAGAAGUGGCGAGAUGAUCGGAAUCCGAACCGCCAUUCCACAGCGGCCUCAUGCGAAGAGCAUGAGAAGGGCCAAGAAGAGUCAACGGUCAUGACCAAUGAUAUACUAAAGCUUCAGUUCCCGGUCAUUCUGGUUUAG